UUAAUUCAAGAACAAAUACCGUAAAAUAAGAUAAUGAAGCGGCACUGAAGAUACGGAAAGCAGAAUCCAUUUGAACCUGAAGACUUAUAUAGCGAAAAUAAGCUAAUCUGGUAUUUUUGCAAAUUCACUCGUAUACGUAACACUUGUUUAUCCCUACAAAAACAAGACUUUGCGAUUUCACCAGUUGUUAGUUUACCCUGGUCACAUACGCCGACGCGUAGUCACGAUGGUCUUCCACUCCUCGAUGAAAUGUGUACUCUUACUAUUUUUACUCAUAAUCAGUAUUUGUUCGAUAAAUUACGCCCAGACCAAGGAUAUCGCCGCUCCGGUGGUAACCAUUCCUCAAGGAACCCUACAAGGAACAAUUCGAACAACCAAUCACAAUCGGAAUAUUUCUGCUUUCUUGGGAAUUCCUUAUGCACAACCACCAAUUGGGAAUCUCAGAUUUGCAAAUCCCGUAGCUGCGGAUGGCUGGAAUGGAUCUCGCAAGGCUAACGUAGACUUAAGUAUGUGCCCUCAAACCUCAGAGGAUAUUGUCUUGGGCAAUGAAGACUGCUUGUGGCUCAAUAUUUACACACCGCAGUUUCCGGAGAGCAACAACUCGGCAUUACUUCCGGUGAUCGUGUAUAUUUACGGAGGAGGUUUUAGGACUGGAAAUGCUAGAUCUGAUAGAUACGGCCCAGAUUACUUACUUGAUGCAGACAUAGUACUGGUUCUUCCAAGUUACCGUGUUGGUCCACUUGGAUUUUUGAGUACCGGUGACGAGGUGGCCUCAGGAAAUUGGGGGCUCAAAGAUCAGGUCUUGGCACUAAAGUGGGUUCAAAAAAACAUAAAGUACUUUGGCGGCGAUCCUGAUCGAGUCACAUUUGUUGGAGCGAGUUCAGGCGGCGCGUGCGUGCAUCUUUUGACGCUGUCAGAUGCAACAAUUGGGCUUUUUCAUAAAUAUAUAACGCAGAGUGGAUCAGCUCUCGCAACAUGGGCUCAUACACCCAGAGCUGCUUGCGCGAGCCGCGCUUUUCAACUUGGCGAGUACGUCGGAUGUUUCAACAACACGUCGGAUUCUCUAAUCGACUGCCUGCGAACAAUUGACUUUGUUGAUAUUCUUGCCACGCAACCGCAGUUUUUUGAGUGGCGCACAUAUCCAGGCCUCAUUUGGGGCCCUACCGACGAGCCGGACAUCGAAGGCGCAGUACUAACCGACAGUCCCACGAAUCUUUUUGCUGCUGGAAAGAUCCGUGACCUGCCUUGGAUUUCCGGUGUCACCCGAGAUGAAGGAACCGUGUACACGGGAGAUUUCUUCGACAGUGAAGAACUGUUUCAAGAUUUUCUCGAGAACUAUGACUUUGCCUUGCCCCGCAUGAUGAGCUUGACAUACCAACCGGACAAAGGAAGUGCUUACGUUAACGGCAUAAAGUCGUAUUACUUAAACAACGAUCUGACCACCAAUACAAGUGUUCUACUCGCUAACAUUACGCACGCCAUUGGCGAUGGUAUGUUUCGAUAUCCGGCCUACGACGCACUUCUACAGCAAAAUUCUAUGGCAAAGAAUCCACAGUACUUCUACACUUUCAACUACCGAGGAACUUUCUCCAACACUUACCUUUAUCAUAAUACAACGAAAGAAUUGGGUGUAGCUCACGGUGACGAAACCUUUUACAUCUUUGCACCUGAACCGCAGUUUGCCAGACUAAAUUUAAACAAAACCACGACCAGAAGAGAUUUGGAAAUCGUAGACAUCAUGGUUCAGUUGUGGACCUCCUUUGCAACCAAUGGAACACCGACGACUUUGGCUUCAAACGGCACAAUAUGGAAACCAUUUUCGGCUGCAGAGAGAAACUAUCUUCAAAUAGGAAAUGGAUCUGAAGUUUCGCUCAAAGUUCAGCAUUCUUUCUUUGAGGAGCGAAUGAAAUUUUGGGCUACCUUAAAAGAAACUCCAAAGACCUUAACUGUCCUAUCAAACGGCUCAAAUGCCAUAACAUCCAAAUUUUAUUCAUUAUUCGUACUUAUGUUUUCUUUUUCAAAGAUAUUUUUGUAACAGCGAUGAAGAAAUGGAUAAAAAAAUGGAGUCUUUUGCGGACAACUGAAAUAUAAACCUCAGUAUAAUCAGUAUUAAAUAAGUAAUAGAGUCACGAA